UUUUAAUUAUUAUUUCACGGAAUCGUUUGAUUACAAAGUAAAUGCGUUAAUAAUGACCCAGUAUUUAGUAAUCCUGUUAGCAUAUGUGGUUGCGCUGAAAGCCGCCCGCUAUGGUGAUUACUCGGGGGUUCAGAUGCCGCAUUACAACAUAGAAUAUGAAAACAAAGAACCGGCACCUUUAACAGAUGAAUAUUCAGACCGGUCUCCUGAUGCUGCGGCAUAUUUUGACUAUAAGUAUGAAGAAGAGCCUCGAGACAAAAUCGGGACUUCAGACGGAGAUCAUGUAUGGCAAAAGAUGAGUAAAAAGAGGAAAAGGCCACCGAAAGAACCACGUGAUAAAAUAGAAAUUGAUGAAAGUGACUUCGGUACUAUUCCCAAAUUUAAACCAAACCAUCGUUUUCCGAAACAUCAGACCCGUCUCAAAGAUUUACAUAAACAAAAUGACAGACGACUUUUUAAAUACCAUCGAAGUCGUAACGAUGAAAAUGGGGAUUUAGAUAUUAAAAAUGAGCAUACAAUAAAUAAGGAUCGGUCGAAGGAUGAUAAUAGAAUAGAUUUAGAAAAAUUUGAAUUUAGAGAUACAACAAGGAGAAUAGCAAGAAGAAAACCACGUGACAGAACAAUAAAUCAUGAAAUAUUAGACAGAGAUGACCAAUCAGACUACAUAGGGAUGGACAACGAAGAGGAUUCGACAGAUAUUGAUUAUGAGAGAAUAAGAAAUCUACAAACGACAAUGCCGAGGCCUCCUGGAUCCAUUCCUGAUUUGAUUAAAAUGAAUCAAAAGAACUCACAAGAAUAUGAUCAAUAUUACGAUAUGAAAAGAGUCAAUAGAAUGAAAAAUAAGUUACCAGGCCUCUUUCGCCAGACUAAAGCAUCAACGAUCAUCAUGGAGCCAACGAGUACUCGCCAACUCCAAGAUUUUUCUUACCGACGUGCUAACAUUCCCGAAAAACUAAAAAAUGAAUUUGUAACUGAAGCAAUGCCAACUUACUCAAUAUCAACGCAAAAUUUAGACGAGACAACGUUGCAAAAAGCAACGUCGACAGAAGCACCUAUUUCGAUGGGUUCCACUGAUUUAUCUUUAGCGGAGAAGUCUAGGCUGUCAAUCCUCAAGAAGGCCCAAAAAAAGGAGAGUUUAGGAAAUAUAACUCGGACUACAAAGCCCCCGGUUUUGAUGCAAGUUACGCAGCAGAUGCACACAAUGGUGAUGGUUGAACACCCGAAGAAAGAUGUACUAUUUCGAGCCCGAGCAGUUUUUGACGACUCACCCGAAAGGAUCGCACGUGCAAAGACUUUAAUGCGUCGCAAACUGGUAUCUGGAGCAAGGAGAAUCGAAGAUCUGAUUGAUAAUUGGGACGAGAUGAAGUGGUUACUAUCGCAAGCGUGGCUGAAAGAGAAUUGAAGGCUCUCUUAGGGCAUCGACAAAGGAAAGAGGUGUCCUCUCCCCUUCCAGGCGCCCUUCCAAUAACAUUCCCUCCCAACGCAGUGAUUCCGGC